AUGACCGGUAGCCGGCACAACAACCGCGGUAGGGGUGUACCGAGCUGUGAGGGCAUAAAAGAUGCCUCGAUCACCCCGAACACGACAGCAAGUGGUACUGGAACGGCGACAACAACCACCGGGAGUGCAACGACUGGUGACAGAGGUAAACACACGGUUCAUUGGUUCAGAAAAGGACUCCGUCUACAUGACAAUCCCUCUCUGAGAGAAGGUCUCAACGGAGCCAAUACCUUCCGAUGCGUUUUUGUGAUUGAUCCCUGGUCAGCUGGAAGUAAAAGCAUCGGCAUCAACAAGUGGAGAUUUCUCCUCCAGUGCCUGGAAGAUCUCGACGCCUCGCUCAGGAAACUGAACUCGAGGCUGUUUGUGAUUCGCGGACAGCCGGCAGACGUCUUGCCGAAGAUCUUCCGCGAAUGGGGGACCACUAAUCUCACUUUUGAAGAAGAUCCCGAGCCCUUUGGCCGCGCGAGGGAUCAUAAUAUUACCACGCUUUGUAGGGAACUCGGAAUUUCAGUUCUUCAGAUGGUCUCUCACACACUUUAUAAAUUAGAUGAAAUUUUAGACAAAAAUGGAGGAAAGCCACCAUUAACAUAUCACCAAUUCCAAAACAUCGUCGCAGAAAUGGACCCGCCGGUACCUCCAGUACCUACAAUAACCGCUGAGUGUAUCGGCGACGCAUUCACACCCCUCAGAGAGGACCAUGACGACCUGUAUGGUGUUCCAACCCUCGAAGAGCUCGGGUUUGAUACAGAAGGUCUCCAAUCUUCAGUGUGGGUCGGAGGCGAAAGCGAAGCACUGGCACGACUGGAGCGACAUUUGGGUCGCAAAGCCUGGGUCGCGAGCUUCGGAAGACCCAAAAUGACACCCCAGUCUCUGCUGCCCAAUCAGACCAGUCUGUCGCCUUAUUUACGAUUCGGUUGUCUCAGUACCAGGCUAUUUUAUUAUCAACUUAGAGAUUUGUAUCGCAAGAUAAAAAAAGCCUCCCCGCCACUUUCUCUUCAUGGACAAUUGCUCUGGCGAGAGUUUUUCUAUUGCGCAGCGACUAAAAAUCCAAAUUUUGAUCGGAUGCAGGGGAAUCCUAUUUGUCUGCAAAUUCCUUGGGAUAAAAAUAAUGAAGCUCUUGCCAAAUGGGCUAAUGGGCAAACAGGAUUUCCGUGGAUCGACGCAAUAAUGACUCAAUUGCGUGAGGAGGGUUGGAUUCAUCAUCUCGCCCGUCAUGCAGUCGCUUGUUUUUUGACAAGGGGCGAUCUCUGGAUCUCUUGGGAAGAAGGAAUGAAGAUAUUCGACCAACUAUUACUCGACGCAGAUUGGUCAGUCAAUGCCGGUAUGUGGAUGUGGCUCUCUUGCAGCUCAUUUUUCCAACAAUUUUUCCAUUGUUACUGUCCAGUCCGGUUCGGCCGCAAAGCCGAUCCCAAUGGCGAUUACAUCAGACGAUAUUUGCCAGUCCUGAAGAACUAUCCUACGCGUUACAUCCACGAGCCGUGGGUGGCGCCUCUAUGCGUCCAGAAGUCCGCUAAAUGUAUAAUCGGGCGUGAUUAUUCGCUGCCGAUGGUUAAUCACAGCAAAAGCUCAAGGAUAAACAUCGAGCGGAUGAAACAGGUCUAUCAGCAACUCAGCAAGUACCGCGACAACGGUGAGUGAAUCAUCGCCAACGGGGAAACAAUAGGUCUGAUGAGGAUCAUUGGGCAUACAUCAAAGCCAGCCGAGGAACAAGAAGCGAUAAAAAAACAAGCUUUAUCCCCUCAUACAUCUGCUGCCACCGACGAUAAAAAAAUGAUUACCAAUUCCUUCGACCCCACCAUUUCCCCCAACGAAUAG